CCGGCGAGGACGAGGGGCAGCGCGCCGGGAGGCCAGCGACAAAGUUGAGCACGGGCCGGCGGCGCGGGUGGUGGGCGCUCGCGGCGCUGCAGCUGCACUUGCUCCGGGCGCUGGCUCAAGAUGACGUUGUGCCAUAUUUUAAAACAGAGCCGGGCCUUCCGCAGAUUCACCUGGAAGGGAACCGUCUCGUUCUCACUUGCCUCGCUGAAGGGAGCUGGCCCUUGGAAUUCAAGUGGAUGCACAACGACAGUGAGCUCACCACCUACACCAGCGAAUAUAAGUAUGUUAUUCCAUCUUUACAGAGGCUGGAUGCUGGGUUUUACCGCUGUGUGGUUCGAAACAGAAUGGGCGCCCUCUUGCAGAGAAGAUCAGAAGUUCAAGUCGCAUAUAUGGGAAAUUUCAUGGAUACAGAUCAGAGAGAGAUGGUCCCUCAAGGACAUGCAGCUGUGCUCAACUUACUGCCCAUCGCCAGCUGCCCCAGACCUCAAGUGACUUGGUUCAGAGAAGGGCACAAGAUUAUUCCAAGCAACAGAAUAGCCAUCACGCUGGAGAACCAGCUGGUGAUCCUGGCAGCGACGGCCAGCGACGCAGGGGCUUACUACGUGCAGGCCGUCAACGAGAGGAACGGGGAGAAAAAGACCAGCCCGCUCAUUCGCCUGCGUGUAGCAGGAGAUGUUGGCGCGCCUGAAGCCGUGGCCCCUGUCAUCGUGAUCCCCCCGAGCAACAGAAGCGUGGUGGCCGGGUCCAGUGAGGCCACCCUGGAAUGCGUAGCCAAUGCCAGGCCCAUCGAGGAGCUGAGUGUGACCUGGAAGAGAAACGGGGUGAGAGUCACCCGUGGGCUCCACAGCUUCGGGAGACGCCUCACCAUCAGCACCCCGACCUCCUCGGACAUCGGGGAGUACGCCUGCGAGGCAGCGCUGCCAGGGAGUGCUUUCGAGCCCGCCAGAGCCAGAGCCUUCCUUUCUAUCAUAGAGCCGCCGUACUUUACUGCGGAACCUGAGAGUCGGAUUUUAGUGGAAGUAGAAGAAACCGUGGACAUCGUGUGUGCAGCCGUGGGGGCCCCUCUUCCCACCCUCCGGUGGUUCAAGGACGCGGUCUCCAUCAACAAGCUCCAGAGCCCUCGAUACCACGUGCUGUCAAGUGGAGGCCUGCGCGUCCAGAAGCUGCGUCCGGAGGACUCAGGAAUCUUCCAGUGCUUCGCCAGUAACGAGGGCGGGGAGGUCCAGACCUACACCUACCUGGACGUCACCAAUGUCGCCCCAGCCUUCACCCAGCUUCCGGCGGACACCACGGUUACCGACGGGACGACAGCCGUCCUGAGCUGUGAGGUGUCCGGGGCUCCCAGGCCGGCCAUCGCGUGGAGGAGAGAUCGAACGUCCAUCGUGAACCCUCCGGAGGACCGCGUGGUGAUUAAGGGGACCACGGCCACGCUGCACUGUGGGACCACCCACGACCCCCGCACUUCUCUCCGCUACGUGUGGAAGAAGGACAACGUGAUCAUCACCCCAUCUGGCAGCUCCAGGAUUGUGGUGGAGAAGGACGGGUCCCUCCUCAUUAGCCAGACGUGGUCGGGCGACAUUGGAGACUACACCUGUGGAGUCAUCUCUGAGGGCGGGAACGACUCCAGGACAGCCCGCCUGGAGGUGAUUGAACUGCCUCAUUCACCCCAGAACCUCCUGGCCAGCCUGAAUUCUUCCCACAGCCAUACCGUGAUGCUCUCCUGGGUCCGACCCUUUGAUGGAAACAGCCCUGUUCUCUACUACGUUGUGGAGCUGUCUGAAAACAACUCUCCGUGGAAAGUGCAUCUGUCACACGUGGGCCCCGAGAUGACAGGCGUCACCGUGCGUGGCCUGACCCCGGCUCGUACCUAUCAAUUCAGGGUGUGCGCCGUGAACCAAGUGGGCAAGGGCCAGUACAGCGCAGAGACGAGCAGGUUGAUGCUCCCUGAAGAGCCACCCAGCGCUCCCCCGAAAAAUAUAGUGGCCAGUGGGCGCACCAAUCAGUCCAUCAUGGUCCAGUGGCAGCCGCCCCCGGAAACAGAGCACAACGGGGUGCUGCGUGGGUACAUCCUCAGGUACCGCCUGGCUGGCCUGCCCGGAGAGUACCAGCAGAGGAACAUCAGCAGCCCCGAGGUCAGCUACUGCCUGGUGACGGAGCUCAUCGUCUGGACGCAGUAUGAGAUACAGGUGGCCGCCUACAAUGGGGCUGGCCUGGGCGUCUUCAGCAGGGCGGUGACCGAGUACACCUUACAAGGAGUGCCGACCUCGCCCCCGCAGAACGUGCAGGUGGAAGCCGUGAACUCCACGACCAUCCAGUUCCUGUGGAACCCUCCACCCCAGCAGUUCAUCAACGGCAUCAACCAGGGCUACAAGCUUUUGGCGUGGCCAGCCGAUGUCCCCGAGGCCGUCACUGUCGUCACCAUUGCUCCAGAUUUCCAUGGAGUCCACCAUGGGUACAUAACGAACUUGAAGAAGUUUACUGCUUACUUCACAUCAGUUCUGUGUUUCACCACUCCGGGGGACGGGCCUCCAAGCCCGCCUCAGCUCAUACGGACACAUGAAGACAAACCCGGAGCUGUGGGACACCUGAGUUUCACGGAGAUCCUGGACACGUCUCUCAAGGUCAGCUGGCAGGAGCCCCUGGAGAAAAACGGCAUCGUUACAGGCUACCAGAUCUCCUGGGAGGUGUACGGGAAGAGCGACUCGCGGAUGGAGCGCACUCUCAACAGCUCGACGCACGAGUAUAAGAUCCAAGGGCUGUCCUCUCUCACCACCUACACCAUCGACGUGGCGGCCCUCACCGCCGUGGGCGCUGGCCUGGCCACCUCGUCCACUAUCUCUUCCGGGGUGCCCCCAGAGCUCCCUGGUGCCCCAUCCAAUCUGGUCAUUUCCAACAUCAGCCCUCGCUCAGCCACCCUGCAGUUCCGACCCGGCUACGACGGGAAGACGUCCAUCUCCAGGUGGAUCGUGGAGGGACAGGUUGGAGCCGUCGGCGACGAGGAAGAGUGGGUUACCCUCUACGAGGAGGAGAAUGAACCUGACGCCCAGACGCUGCAGAUCCCGAACCUCACGCCCUACACGCAUUACAGGUUCCGACUGAGGCAGGUGAACGUCGUCGGUGCCAGCCCCUUCAGUCAGUCCUCCCGGGUCAUCCAGACCCUGCAGGCCCCCCCGGACGUGGCCCCCACCAGCAUCACCGUCAGAACCGCAAGCGAGACCAGCCUGCGGCUCCGCUGGGUGCCGCUGCCCGACUCGCAGUACAAUGGGAACCCCGAGUCCGUGGGCUACAGAGUUACGUGCUGGCGCCCCGACCUCCCGUCCACUGCGCUGGCCCAAGUCAUCAGCGACCGGCUGGAGAGGGAGCUCACAGUCGAGGGGCUGGAGGAAUGGACAGAGUACGAGCUGCAGAUGCAGGCCUUCAACGCCAUCGGGGCUGGGCCCUGGAGCGAGUCCGUGCGGGGCCGGACACGGGAGUCAGUUCCUUCAGCCGCCCCUGAAAACGUGUCAGCCGAGGCCGUCAGCUCCACCCAGAUUUUACUGACGUGGGCUUCGGUGCCGGAGCAGGACCAGAACGGGCUCAUACUGGGCUACAAGAUCCUGUACCGCGCCAGAGAUCUGGAUCCGGAGCCCAGGAGCCACGUGGUCCGCGGGAACCACACGCAGUCCGCGCUCCUGGCGGGUCUGGGCAAGUUCGUGCUGUACGAGCUCCAGGUGCUGGCCUUCACCCGCAUCGGGAACGGGGUCCCCAGCUCACCCCCCAUCCUGGAGCGGACCAAAGACGACGCCCCAGGCCCACCCGUGAGGCUUGUGUUCCCAGAGGUGAGACUCACGUCUGUGCGGAUCGUGUGGCAGCCACCGGAGGAGCCCAACGGCGUUAUUCUGGGGUACCAGAUCGCCUACCGCCUGGCCAGCAGCAGCCCUAACACGUUCACCACCGUGGAGGUCGGCGCCACCGUGAGGCAGUUCACGGCCACUGAGCUGGCCCCGGAGUCCGCGUAUGUCUUCCGGCUGUCGGCCAAGACCCGGCAGGGCUGGGGGGAGCCGCUGGAGGCCACCGUCAUCACCACCGAGAAGAGAGAGCGGCCGGCGCCCCCCAGGGAGCUCCUGGUGCCCCAAGCGGAAGUGACCGCGCGCAGCCUGCAGCUCCAGUGGGUCCCGGGCAGCGAUGGGGCCUCCCCCAUCCGGUACUUCACGGUGCAGCUGCGCGAGCUGCCCCGGGGACAGUGGCAGACCUACUCCUCGUCCAUCAGCCACGAGGCCACAGCCUGUGCCGUUGAAAGGCUGAGGCCCUUCACCUCCUACAAGCUGCGCCUGAAGGCCACCAAUGACAUUGGGGACAGUGACUUCAGCGCGGAGACAGAGGCGGUAACCACACUGCAGGACGUUCCGGGAGAGCCUCCGAGCUCUGUCUCUGUGACACCGCACACCACCUCGUCUGUUCUGAUCCAGUGGCAGCCCCCGAGGGACGAGAGCCUGAACGGCCUCCUGCAGGGUUACAGGAUCUACUACCGGGAGCUAGAGUACGAGGCGGCCUCGGCCACCGAGUCCAAGACGCUCAAGACCCCCUCCGCUCUGCGGGCCGAGCUCACAGCCCAGGGCAGCUUCCAGAGCGUGAACAGCAGCUCCACGUUAACGACAUACGAGCUAAUACAUCUGAAGAAAUACCGGCGCUAUGAAGUGGUCAUGACAGCCUACAACGUCAUCGGCGAGAGCCCGGCCAGCGCGCCCGUGGAGGUCUUCGUCGGCGAGGCCGCCCCGGCCAUGGCUCCGCAGCACGUGCAGGUGAACCCACUCACGGCCAGCCAGCUGGAGGUCACGUGGGAGCCGCCGCCGCCCGAGAGCCAGAACGGAAACAUCCAGGGCUACAAGAUCUACUACUGGGAGGCGGACAGCCGGAACGAGACGGAGAAGAUGAGGGUGCUGUUCCUGCCCGAGACCACGGCGAAGCUGAAGAACCUCACCAGCCACACCCAGUACCUGGUCAGCAUCUCGGCCUUCAACGCCGCUGGAGACGGGCCCAGGAGUGACCCCCGGCAGGGCCGGACCCACCAGGCCGCUCCCGGGACCCCCAGCUUCCUGGCAUUCUCGGAAGUAACCUCCACCACGCUGAACGUUUCGUGGGGGGAGCCCACGGCAGCCAAUGGCGUCCUGCAGGGCUACCGAGUGGUGUACGAGCCCUUAGCACCCGUCCAAGGGGUGAGCAAGGUGGUGACGGUGGACGUGAAGGGGAACUGGCAGCGCUGGCUGAAGGUGCGCGACCUCACCAAGGGGGUGACCUACUUCUUCCGAGUGCAAGCGCGGACCAUCGCCUACGGGCCCGAGCUGCGGGCCAGCGUCACGGCCGGGCCGGCCGAGGGUUCCCCGGGCUCCCCUCGAGACGUCUCGGUCACCAGAUCCGCCUCUGAGCUCACCCUGCAGUGGACGGAGGGCCGCGCGGGCAGGACGCCCACCACGGGCUACGUCAUCGAGGCCAGGCCCUCAGAUGAAGGCCUGUGGGACAUGUUUGUGAAGGACAUUCCGCGCGGCGCCACGUCCUACACCGCCAGCCUGGACAAGCUCAGGCAAGGAGUGACCUACGAGUUCCGGGUGGUGGCCGUGAACCAGGUGGGCUACGGGGAGCCCAGCAGCCCCCCUGCUGCCGUGUCAGCUCAGGUGGAGGCCCCGUUCUACGAGCAGUGGUGGUUCCUCCUGGUGAUGGCGCUGUCCAGCCUGCUCGGCAUCCUGCUGGUGGCGUUCACCCUGGUCCUGCACGGCCAGAACAAGAAGUACGGGAGCUGCGGCCCAGGCACAACAGACAUCCCUUCGGAGGCAGCGGGUGCAGGGAAACAGGAGCUCUGGACCUCGGCCACCAGAUUCUGUCCCAGCUCCGCCCUCAAGUGGGCCUUUGGGUCAUUUGGCCUCUGUAAGAGCAUCUCCAACAUGGAGGAGUCCGUGACCCUGGACAACGGGGGCUUUGCCACCUUGGAGCUCAGCAGCCGCCACCUCAACGUGAAGAACACCUUCUCGAAGAAGAACGGGACCAGGUCCCCGCCUCGGCCCAGCCCCGGCGGACUACACUACUCAGAUGAGGACAUCUGCAACAAGUACAACGGUGCCGCGCUGACCGAGGGCGGGACCCUCCAGGAGAAGUCAGGGGACGCCACGGAGUCUGAGGGCACCGAGUCCGAGUCCGAGGACGCGCUCCCCCAGCACUCCUUCGUCAACCACUACCUGAGCGACCCCACCUACUACAACUCGUGGAAGCGGCGCGCGGGCGCGGCCCCGCACAGGUACGAGGCGGUGGCGGGGGCCGAGGCCGGGCCAGCCCCGCGCGCGGUGGUCACCACGCAGAGCGCCGUGUUCGCGCCCGCCGCCCACGGCGCCCGGACUCCGCUCACCGGCUUCUCGUCCUUCGUGUGAGCGGCACCGACCCCGCGGCGACCCUUGUUAAGACAGUCAGCUCUGGGAACUGGGCUCCAGCUUGGGUUUAAGAGGAUCUGACGCCUGAUGAUUGAUUUUACCCACUUGCGAACGCGAGAUUGCAAUUAGGAAAGUUUUUUUUUUACUGGCUUUUUGUAACAUCGCUGCAGGAAGCGGGUUUCUUUGUGUUUCUUUUCUUUUUACGAGAAGGUGUGUUUCACUGGUGCAAGGGCUCGUCACCCCGACCUGGGAAGACCUGAGCCCGCGGGUCCCGGGCUUCUCCAUUCUGCGCCGACUAGGAAGGCUGGGGGGCGGGAGACGGGGGUCCAGGGAGGCCACGCCUCUUGCAGGCCGCUCCCUUCUCUUCUCUAACCCCUGCCUGAGAACCAGCGGCCCGCCUGGGGCUCCAUCCCACCGUCUCCGUCUCCGGCGUGCGAAGAGCAUGUGUGUGACCCAGGCUCAGGGCCUCCGGACCCAAGGGCGUCCAUCUCUGAAAUGUUCUCACUCGGCAGUUUGUAGGCGAGGAAUCGGCUUUAAGGUUCCAGGCCGCGGGGCCACAGAUUCCAAGGUUCCGUUCGGCGUCCUUCCAGGGGUGAAAUAUUCCGGGCUCCCCCUUCCUUUCUUCCUUUCGACCUCGCAGCACAGGAGCAGGAAGCACCCCUGCUGGGAGCCACCGCCGUGGCCCUCGGCAAGCUCGCUCCUUCCCUGGCAGCACAGCACACGGCCAGCCCGCCAACCCGAGCGAGCGAGGCAGCGGCUGCAGAAUCGCUCGCUGUGUUACGAGGUGUGCAUUGUUAACCAGAGUAUUUUUAAAAUCUUUUUAUCUUUUUUUAAAAUAUGUCAUAUGAAAUGAAUGAGUCUCAGCUGUC